AAAAUAAGAUUUUUUAUCUUAGGAUCUCUCUCUUUCUCUUUCUCUCUCUAAAAAAAAUAAAUUUUCUUUCAAUCAAGAAAGAAAAAAACAGUAGUGAAAAUUUCCAAUCUGUUUUUUUUCAGUUUAAUUUCACUGAAAAUCUUGACUUUCUUCAAUGGUGUUACAAAACUAGAAAUACCCACUUUGUUCUUUUCCAUUUUAUUCAUCUCAUAAUAAUAAUAGUAAUAAUAAUUAUACUCCAUAAUUAUUACUAUUAUUAUUCCUUCUUUUUCUUUUCUUUUUUCUUUAUUCUUUCUCUCUCUUUUUUUUUUUUCCAUAGUCCCAACUCCCAAUUUGGAAACACCACAAUUCUACAUGAUUCUUGAUAUGUUGUUUCACUUCAAGUUUUGUUCUUUGAUUCAAUUUAUGAAGGGGUUUUGACAAAGAGGUUAUUCCAUGAUGUGGGUCUAAGGAAUGGGAACACAAGUGCAUUAUAAAGGCUACAUGAGGGACCUUAGUGAGGAUUCUAACAGUAGUAAUUGGCCUUUAUUUUAUGGAGAUAAGACCUUCACAAAUGGACAGUACUGUAAUGGUUUCAUGUCAAGGACAAAAACGGAUGCAUAUCCAGGAUAUAAUAAGGAUGUCCUAAAGGAGAAAAUGCUUGAACACGAGUCCAUAUUCAAGAAUCAGGUGGUGGAACUGCAUCGACUUCACAGAAUUCAGAUGGAUAUGAUGGAUGAAAUUAAAAGGGAAGAACUUUACAAACUUCGGACAUCAAUGGAUCCAUCCUCUUCAUCAAGCCACCUAGGAUCUCAAGUACCAUCUGAAGAUGCUCGGAAAUGGCAUAUCACCAGCUUCCCCUCGGCAAAUUCUAAGUCGGGUAGAGAAGUUGUUAAUUCUCCCUUGAAUUUUUCAAAAGGGAAUGGUGGACAUUUUGGUCAAUGCCAACUGCAAAACGGUUGUUCUUCAAAUAUCUGUGAAGUUUUGGAGGUUAGACCCUCAAAGGUCCGGAAAAUGUUGUUUGAUCUUGAGCUUCCAGCUGAUGAGUACAUUGAUACAGAUAGCAAUGAGCAGUUGCAGCCUAAUGGAGUAUCUUCCAAUCCAAGUUAUCGUGUUAAUGGAAACUACACUGUUGCCCAAGAGAGUAGUGCAAAAUUGUUUAGUAAUUGCGGACAAAAUGGCUCAACUUCCAAUACAUGUUUAAGAAGCUCAAAUCUGUUGGCUGAUCUCAAUGAACCAGCUCAGCUUGACGAAGCAACUCCAUCACCUGUUGAGUUUCUCGGUUAUGGCAAUAAUCAUAGAGACAGUAGAGACCUAAAUACUUCGGCUAAAUCAAUUCCAGCAUUUCUGGCUUCUCCAAGAGGAGCCACGUGGAACUCCCAUCAUGCAAGGCCUAACGGCUCCUUAAAUAGCCGCUAUGUUGACAGUAAAGGAAAAGAGAGGGAUUGGUUCUCUUCUGCAUAUGAAACUGGUAACAUCAAAGGUAGCAUGGCUUCAGUACCUCAGAGUCUUGAACAAGACAAGUUACCUACUCCUUCCCAUGCAGUACAGGUAAUGCUUAACAAAGCUUAUCAACCUCCGGGAAUCCAUUCAUUUCACCAUACAAGAGAUGACCUUUGGAAACAGAGAGCAGUGCAUAGUUUAGAGACAUUUCAUAUAAAUCGUGAACCCAACUAUACCCAUGUGGAACCGUUUGGUGGUUCUCAGAUGACUAGUCCACAUCCAUUUGCUAAUUCCGAGUGGUCACGCACGGUCUGUUCUUGGGGGAAACCAAGUGGUGACUUUACUCAGAGGCCUUCGUCUGGUCAUACAAACCCUUCGUUGCUCCCGUCUUCAGUAAGCAAGAGUGGACAGGCAUCUCAGAACCAUGGCUUUUUUGGAGAGAAAUGGCACAUCAGUGAUAAUUCUAGGUUGAACAGAUUUGAUCACGGAUCUUCUUCGGCUUCCAGAAUAUCGCCAGUUUGCUUCCCAUCAGCUUCUAAGGUUGAGUCUUUGACAUCUGAGCGAUUAUCUACUAAUGGAUUUCCAAAAGAUCUCAAUAGCACCAAUGAUAUGAACUCAGUGUCUGAAAAAGGUUUCGAUUUGAAUCUGCUAUCUCAAAAUGAGGGACCAUCCGAGUGUGAUAUUGAGUUGGUUGAUGGAAAAAGAGAGAUUCAAGACCCUCUAUCAGUGUUUCCAUGGCUUAAAGCUAAACAAAGUGGUAGAAAUGAGGAAACAGAUUGCAAUACGAGGGCCACAAAAGAGGUUGGAGAGACCCGAAGUAUCAGGAAAAUUCUUGGGGUUCCAAUUCUUGAAAAUUCCUUGGCUUCCAAAACUGAAUCAUCUUCACUUGUUUCCACUUCUGUUGUUACUCUUCCGUCCUCACCCGAGGGAGAAAAUUCUAGACAUGAACGGAAGAAGAUGUUGAUUGACAUUAACAUGCCCUGUGAUGACCUUUCUAUGACUGAGCCUGAGAAACCGGCUGCUAUCGAACCACCUGUUCCUGAGAAGGUGAUGGAGACGAAAGUUAACAAUAUCAGAAAUUGCUUCGAUUUGAACUCGUGUAUUACUGAAGAUGAAGAUCCUUUCUCUGUUGAAAGCAAUAAUGUUAGUGUGAAGAAGGCUGUUCUGGAGAUAGAUCUAGAAGCUCCUUUUGUUUGGGAUGAUGAAGAAACGGAUAUGCCUGAAGAAGGUGGCAAGCAACAUGAGGAAAAAUCUUCGCUAUCGGUUGAAGACAAACCCGAGCAAAGACAGGAUGAAAUUGACAGGAUUGCAGCAGAAGCAAUUGUUGCCAUCUCAUCUUCCUGUUGUGAUCCAUCUGACGAUUCUUCGGAAUCGUUACGUUGGUUUGUUGACGUAAUCUCUUCUUUUGCUGCUGAACCGGAAGACGGGCCUGAACGGGGAAGAGAAGGCAAGGAUGUUGUAAUUGUUGCAGAAAACGGCCCUGAAAGAGGAAGAAUAGGCAACGAUGUUGCAAUUGUUGCAGAAAACGGGCCCGAAGUAGGAAGAAUAGGCAAGGAUGUUGCAAUUUUUGCACGUUCAACUGCCAAGGAACUAGAUUACUUCGAGGCAAUGACAUUACAACUGACGGAGACCAAGGAAGAAGACUACAUGCCGAAGCCUUUUGUUCCUGAAUUCCAAAAAAUGGAAGAUGGAGGCACCACAUCACUAACAAAUAGACCCCGAAGAGGGCCUGCUAGGAGGGGAAGGCAGCGUAGGGAUUUCCAGAGAGAUAUCCUUCCCGGUCUGGUUUCCUUAUCAAGGCACGAGGUAACCGAAGACAUUCAGACAUUCGGAGGGUUAAUGAGAGCUACGGGGCAUACUUGGAGCUCGGGUUUGACAAGGAGGACAGGUGGCAGGAACGGAAGAAGCCGGAGAACAGUGUUCGAGUCCGUGGCCCCCACCCCAAUAAGUCCCCCCAUACUACACCAACAUAAUAAUAUUGAAGCUAGUUUGGAGGAUAAAAACCUAACAGGGUGGGGGAAAACAACUAGACGCCCUCGGAGGCAAAGAUGCGCUGCAGGUAAUCCACCUGUCCCGUUAACUUAAAUGCGGGAAUGAGGGUGUGAUAUGUCAAUUCAUCAUUUAUAGAGAUCGAGAUAACAGAUUUAGGGACUUAAAUGAAAUUGAGGAGUGAAGUUGUUAGCUAUAUGGGGAUUGUCUUUGUACAUACAAUGUCUUUGUAGCCCCCCAUUCUUAUAUAUCUUCCAUUGGUUUACUGACUUUCGUAUUCCGGAAGAAUGCUGGCAUAAUUUCUUGUGUGGGUUUGUAUAGCAUAUCUUUAGAUAUGUUUAUUUCCUACAACUAAGCUGAGGCGAAUAUACGAUUUUAAGCAAGUGGAUGCAGAAUAUCAAACUGCAUCGAUUCCUCGUU